CUCAGUCGCUUCAGAGAGCUUUGGAAUCUGGACUUGAAUGCUUGCCAUUGUUCCUAUGAAGAAUUUGCAAGCAACUAGACUGUGCCACUGGAAAACAAAUCUUUGCUGAAGGAAACCUCUGGUGAAGGCUGCUCCAGGAUCUGAAUUGUUCCGACAUGAUCCUUCUGCUGUUUCUCACUCCUAGCUUGGUUCUUUGUGACACCAAUGUCAACAUAGCAUGGGGAGACUCACCACCUACCGCAAGCCCACUCAUAGACAUGCAGAAGAAAAUUAAUGAUCUGUGGCUGAGUUUGCUGUACCCACAGCUCUACGAGGAGAUCAUCGCAGCCAACCGGACUGCCUAUGCUAGUUGUUCUGUAAAACCUGAUGACAAAUUGGAGUCAGACAAGCCACACGUGACAGGUCAGGUUCUGUUCAGGCAGAACUACCCACAUGGACAACUGGAGGUGAUUUUCUCCCUGGCUGGAUUUCCGAUAGGCACCAACCUAUCUAGGAGAGCGAUUCAUAUUCAUCAGUACGGAGACCUCAGCAAUGGCUGUGUUUCUCUUGGAGGACACUACAACCCUUGGAAAGUGAAUCACCCUCACCAUCCUGGGGACUUUGGAAACUUUUACGCUAAAGAAGGCAAAAUUAGAAAAUUAAAAUCAAACCUCAAGGCUACACUCUUUGGACCACAGACCAUUCUUGGAAGAUCAGUUGUGAUCCAUGAGCAGGAGGAUGACCUAGGGAAAGGGGACAACCAAGCCAGCUUGGAGAAUGGAAAUGCUGGGAAACGUCUGGCAUGUUGUGUCAUCGGGACAUGUAACAAAAACCUGUGGGAGAAGCAUCUCCCUGAUGUUACAGCAAAAAGAAAGAAAAGGGUUAUAAAACAAGCAUGGGCUGGCCGAGCAUAGCUGACAGCCAAGUUACAACCAAUAGAUUUUGUAUCUGCUGAGCCAGUGCAAUACCUGGUUCCCUUCUGAAGAUAGGCACCCCUGUUUUAGUGAAUUCCUCUCCUCUAUAAGCCGAUUAAUAAUAAAGAGGAACAGCACAGUC